UCGUGUUUCCCUUAACCCUCCUGCUCACUCCCUCAGGCCUGAGGCGCUUGUGAGACUGACCUGGGUUGAUUCAUGUCCAGUGGUGAAGGCUGAGAUUGUGGAAUUGUGCUUCCAUCAACACCCUGAGGAAAUAAAUGUUAAGAUGGAGAAUGAUUUCAACUCCGAGUCAUCACUAUCUGCCUUUACUCUUCAGAGUUCUUCAGAGACAAUGUUUUCCAUUCAGCUGUUAGAUUUCAAAACAAGUUUACUGGAGGCGUUGGAAGAAUUGCGUAUGAGAAGGGAAGCAGAAAUUCAGUAUGAAGAGCAGAUUGGAAAAAUUAUUAUGGAAACACAAGAACUUAAAUGGCAAAAGGAAACUCUUCAGAAUCAAAAGGAAGCAUUAGUAAAGCAACAUAAAGAAGCAAUGGAAGUUUUUAAAAAGCAGUUGCAAAUGAAGAUGUAUGCCUUGGAAGAAGAAAAGGGAAAAUAUCAGCUUGCUUCAGAAAUAAAAGAAAAAGAAAUAGAAGGAUUGAAGGAAACAUUAAAAGAGUUACAGGUUUCUAAAUAUUCUUUACAGAAGAAAGUAAGUGAAAUGGAACAAAAGGUCCAGUUCCAUCUUCUGGCUAAAGAAGAUUAUCAUAAGCAACUGAAUGAAAUUGAGAAAUACUAUGCUACAAUAACAAAUCAAUUUGGAUUGGUAAAAGAGAAUCAUGUAAAGUUAGACCAAAAUGUGCAAGAAGCAAUACAAUUAAACAAAAGACUUUCAGCUUUAAAUAAAAAACAAGAAUCUGAAAUAUGCAGCUUAAAGAAGGAAUUAAAAAAAGCAGCUUCAGACUUGAUUAAGUCCAAGGUCAUAUGUCAGUAUAAGAUGAAAGAAGAAAAUAUCAAUCUAACAAUUAAAGAACAAAAAUUGGAAGAACUUCAAGAAAAACUCAGCAUGGAAUUGGAAUUAAAUAAGAAGAUUAAUGAAGAGAUUAUCCAUAUUCAAGAAGAGAAACAGGAUAUCUUCACUUCUUUUCAACAUAUGCAGCAGUUACUUCAACAACAAACUCAAGCUAAUAAUGAAAUGGAUGCAGAACUGAAAGCACUGAAAGAAAAAAAUCAGACCCUUGAAAGAGAUAAUGAGCUGCAAAGGAAGAAGGUUGAAGAACUUAAUAGAGAAAUUAAUGAGAUUAAAGAUGAAUUUUCAUCACUGAAAGAAACUCAUAUUAAGUUACAAGAACAACACAACAAAUUCUGGAGUCAGAAAAAGCUUGAAGAAGACAAAAAAUUUCAGAAUGUUCCAGAAAUAAAUAAUGAAAACCAUGAAAUAACUGAAAACUCAGGAAAGGCCAUCAUACAGAAAUUUAAUUCCAGGGAAGAAAAUACUAAGGGUUUCUGUUCUUACACUGAAUACAGAGAAAAGGACGUGAUGAAAGAAAGCCUGGCUACAGAAGUCACUGUAGAAGAUGUACAGCGUUUUGAGAAAAGCUUUAAGAAUGAAACUGAUACAAGUAUACCUCAGGAUAAAGGCCAAUGUGGACUCUCCUUAAGCAAACCCCCCUGUCUGGGAAAAGAUACAAUCAGCCAACAAACUGGGAGUGUUACUGACCCCAGAAAACCUGCUGCUACAGAAACAGAAGACAGGCUGGACUUGGAAAAAGACAGUGGAUGCACAGAAUUUAAACCACCAAAUAAUCUGUGUUUAGUGGAAGGAGCUGAAGGGUCAGGCCUUCACCCUGCAUGUGUACGCCUAGAGAGCAAAGAUCAGAGAUCCUCACCUGACAGGACUGUAAGUGAGACAGCUCACAACGGAGACCAUGACAAAGAUGUUUCUGAAAACAAACCAUUCAGACAGCAAUUCAGAUCACAUCUGGGGACCAAGAGGGGAAUUACCAACCGAAGCAAAGCAGGUCUGGGUUCAUCUCUAGAUGCAAAGAUGAAUCCUGUUCAGUGUGAGAAAUACAGUUUUCAGGAUUCAAGGAAUGCCAGGGUAAGUGAUAAACAGUGUAAGAUGGAGCACACACAACUGUUAAAUAAAAUCAGUGAGUAUAGUAUACUGCCUUUUAAGCCAACCUCAAGUUUUCCACAAGUCUGCAAUGAUACUCUCGAGAAACCUGAACUAACUCUUCCCCAUGACGAAGUCAACCACCUCAUGUCACCUGCUGCUCCUGCUGAGAAUUCAAAAGCGCUUCCGGAUUCAGGUAAUCAUAUCGGUAUUAUGCCUAUGUUGGUGACACCCAACUCCAAUCCCAGGGGAAGAGCUGUAAGGAAAGACAGGAAGGACAUGCAGGACAGUCCAUUUAAGAGCUGUCUGGGGUGUCCAGGAAAGGGUGUGACCACUGCCCCUCUGCACCUUAACAGUGAAGACACUCGGGCUUCGGCAGACACAGAUCUGGAAACUGCUCUUAGGAAAACUGCCAUGGAAGUACAGUUUUACAGUGAGAGGAAGACAGAUGUGAGUCAGAUAACUGAAGCCACAAAACACGACCCCUUCCUUUUUGUGAACGUUAAUGAAAGACAGCAUACAUUGUUAAAUAAUACAGAGAGAACAGAGUCAUUAAAUGACAUCGUUUCAGGAAAACUGUACAGUGAAGGUCAGCAGGGAGAAUCACAGUCAUUCCACAUAAAGCCAUCUGGAAAUUUAGUAAACAGAAGUGGAAGGGCAUCCUUUGAUCUUCCCACUUCAGAUAGAAAAACUGAGAAAACGCCAGCAUACAUGAAUUUUCUAGACCCUGGUCCUUGGUCAAAAGUAAAUCAAACUGCAGGUCAAACAGUGAGCCCUGCAAUGUCUAGCACUCCUCUGUUGCUGAAGGAGAGACCAGCAGGUCCAUCGGAACACACAAAGACCACUUCAGUGGCUCUCUGUAAAAAUGCUGGUGUGGAUGAUGUCAGACAGGAUGCUGGGCCAGACGCCGUCCGUAUCACCGGAGUUGCUGACGCUGUGAGUACCCGGAGCGUCCGUCCAGACCCCGAGAGAACGCCCAGUGAGGAGAGGAAUGCAACUGCAGGGAUGGGCCCUGAUUCUUCUGUUCCCACAGAGCAUGUGAAAGCAGAGCCUCGGGUUCCCACUGUGCUACAAAGUCAUUUUCAGUCCAUCGAGACUCAAGAGCCUCCGGAUCUGCCUGCCACUCCUGGUGAAGACUGGCAGAGCCUUGUGAUAAACCAGGUCACUGAAAUUGAAAAGUACCUAAGCUUAGAAAAUGACAACCAGCCUAAAGUAAGAAAAGCGGAAGAGAUGCUGGGAAAAACAACGGAUGAACUGACACUGACAAAUGCUCCCGGUGGCGAAUGAUGUAACUGGCGCUGACGUCAUUCUCACUAGAAGGAGGGGCUGCUGCAUCUCACAGCCCUCUUCACUUUCCAGCCUCUCCUGUUGGCUCCGGUAUUCCGGACCUGCAAGGUCAGGUGAGACAGCUGUCUCGGAUUUGGGGCUUGCUGUCAGCUGCAGUUCCCCUUCAACUCUCAGUGCAUAUACUCCCUUCAGAGUAUCUGCUCCCUCAGCACCUGUGACGAACAGAACUUGGGCACUGUUCAGGACAGACGCAGUGACCCUUUACUCUAUUAUUUUCCUCUGCAGCUUGUGAUUCUACUUUAACUUUGAGACAAUGAAUGCCCAGACCAGUUUUUAGUUUUUAACAUUUUACUAUGAUUUAGACUUUUUUUUUCCAAAAAGAACAAAAUUAUAUGUGUGAAAAUUCAGGUAUCAGAAAGACUCAAAA